UGAAGUUUAUCAUCAUCAUGGCACAGGUUCAACAGAAUCACGUCUCAGGGCCGAUCGGCGGCGGUGCUAUGGCGGCACCACCACCACCGGCCACUGCCGGAGCCAUGGAGGCACCACCACCGGCCAAUGCCGGAGCCAUGACGGCACCACCACCAGCCACUGCCGGCACCAUGACGACACCAGCAGCCACUGACGGCACCGUUACGGCGGCACCACCAACACCAGCGACCGGAGAAGAUACAGUGGCACCACCGGCGAACGGUGUGGCUGCAGGGAAUCAGUUUGGUACAACGUCUCUAUAUGUAGGUGACUUGGACGUCAAUGUAACUGAUUCUGUAUUGUAUGAUCAUUUCAGUCAUAUAGGUCAGGUCAUUUCUGUUAGGGUUUGUAAGGAUAUGACUACUCGUCAUUCUCUCGGCUAUGGUUAUGUGAAUUACGGAAAUGCAGAUGAUGCUAACAGGGCAAUUCAAAUGCUUAAUUUCACUUUACUGAAUGGAAAAUCAAUCAGAGUUAUGCUUUCGUGUCGCGAUCCUACCUUAAGAAGGAGUGGUGCUGGUAACGUAUUCAUAAAAAAUUUGGACAAAACAAUCGACAACAAACAAUUACAUGAUACUUUCAGUACAUUUGGAACUAUAAUUUCUUGCAAGGUAGCAUCUGAUCAUUAUGGUUUCUCCAGAGGAUAUGGUUUUGUGCAGUUUAGCAAUGAGGAAUCUUCGAAAAUAGCAAUUGCGAAGUUAAAUGGCAUGCUAUUAAACGACAAACCAGUUUAUGUGGGAAACUUUGUUCGUAAACAGGAAAGGGAAACUUUAUUAGACAGUAACAAGUAUAACAAUGUUUAUGUGAAGAAUCUUGCUGAGUCAAUAACAGAGGAAGAAUUGAAGGAUAUAUUCGGUGAGUAUGGAGCUAUUACCAGUGUUGUGGUGAUGAAAGAUGCUGAUGGAAAGUCGAAAUGUUUUGGAUUUGUUAACUUUGAGAAUCCUGAUAAUGCUUCCAAUUGUGUUGAGGGACUAAAUGGAAAAACGUUUGAUGAUAAGGAAUGGUAUGUUGGGAGAGCUCAGAAGAAAUCUGAUAGGGCGGUUGAGUUAAAGUCUAAGUUUGAGCAGACUGCUAAAGAAAUUGUUGACAAAUCUCAAGGACUGAAUUUAUACAUCAAGAAUUUGGAUGACAGCAUUGAUGAUGAUAAGUUUAAGGAUUUGUUCUCCGAGUUUGGCACAAUUACCUCUUUCAAAGUCAUGAGAGAUCCUAACGGGAUCAGCAGGGGUUCAGGUUUUGUUGCAUUCUCAACUGCUGAGGAAUCAUCUCGUGCAUUAUUAGUGAUGAAUGGAAAAAUGGUUGUAAGCAAACCACUUUAUGUAGCUAUUGCCCAACGAAAAGAAGAUAGGCAAGCAAAAUUACAGGCUCAGUUUUCUCAGAUGCGACCUAUGACAAUGCCACCAUCAAUGAGCCCUCGUAUGCCAAUGUAUUCACCGGGGAUUGGCCAACAAUUCAUAUAUGGACAACCACCACCACCCACCAUGAUCCCUUCUCAGGCUGGUUUCGGUUAUCAGCAACAGCUUGUACCUGGAAUGAGGCCUCCUGGUGGUGCAGCAAUGCCUAACUUCAUUUACCCAUUCAUCCAACAGGCCGGUCAGUAUAACCAACAACGCCCUGGCGGCAGACGCGGAGGAGGUGGUGGUCCUAUGCAACAACCGCAAUCUGUUCCACUUAUGCAACAACAGCAGAUGUUGAUGCCUAGAGGAGGAGGAGGGCGUGUUUACCGUUAUCCACCAGGAACUCGCAAUAUCGUGAAUGAUGCUCCAGUUUCGGGUGGUGGAAUAGUUCCUAUUCCUGUUCCUGUUUCAUAUGAUAAUGGUGCUGGCCUUGCACAACCUGUUCCAGUUACUGCCUUAAUCAGUUCUCUUGCAAAUGCAACUCCAGAGCAGCAGAGGAUGAUGCUGGGUGAAAAUCUGUUUCCUUUGGUUCACAAACUGGAAAAUGAGAAUGCAGCUAAAGUGACAGGAAUGCUUCUGGAGAUGGACCAGACUGAGGUAUUACAUUUGCUUGAAUCGCCCGAAGCAUUGAAAGCUAAAGUGUCGGAAGCUCUAGACGUUUUAAGGAAAGUUCAGCAGCAACAACAGGUAAGUAGCCCAACUAGUCAGAUGGCAUCGAUGUCACUAAGCGACAGUAUCGUCGCUUGAAAGAUUAAAGUCUUUUGGUUG